ACUGUUGGUAAGCUGCAGAAGCAAUAUCGGUAGUUGUAGAGAUAGAAUCGUGCCAUUCAGAUCACAAUUCGAUUGCAAUUCCAGUAUUCAUCAGUUACUUUUGUAUAUCCUCGAGAGUUACUUUUGUCAAUCACGAACAUUUCCCAUCACCUCCGUGCUACACUGUGUGAUUUAGUUUUGUUUGAAUAGCUAUACGAGUAAUACGUAUUCAGUGUGACAGCAAACAUGGGCGACCUCAAGCUUACAGUAAACUACAAAAAGGAAUAUCGACGAAUUCGAAGAUUAACGAGUAACAUAGAAAAAAAGCUUUCGUCACAGUUUGGACUUACAGAAGAUCAAGUGGCAGAGUUCAAGGAGGCGUUCAUGCUGUUCGACAAGGACGAAGACGGGACUAUCACGAUGGCUGAGCUUGGGGUCGUCAUGAGAUCUCUUGGGCAGACGCCAUCAGAAGGGGAAUUGCAGAACAUGGUCAACGAAGUGGAUCAAGACGGGAAUGGCACCAUAGAGUUCAAUGAGUUCUUACAAAUGAUGUCCAAGAAAAUGAAGGAUGGCGAAGACGAAUUAAAGGAGGCUUUUAAGGUGUUCGACCUGAACAAUGACGGGUUGAUCUCACACGCAGAACUGCAACACGUCAUGAACAACUUGGGGGAGCGGAUGUCCGAUGAGGAGAUAGAAGACAUGAUCAAGGAAGCAGAUCUGGACGGUGACGGCAUGGUCAAUUACGAUGAAUUCGUGAUGAUUCUGAGCACAAAGAAAUGAUACCGUGAACAGCAGCGGUCAACACAUGAUGGAGUGAUCUCUCCUCUUGGAAAUACGACUUCGACAUCGUACACUCGUGUACGAGCACUGUAUCAACGAUACCAUGUGAUAUUUAUUGCGAAAUAAUAUUUUAUUGUAUUAUUAAAA